GCUAGAGUAUCUAUAUAAAUCCCUUAUCUCAUCCCACAGCACCCCAGACAAGCUAGUUCAUCGAAUCUGGUCGUUGUCCCAUCUUCUUCCUUCUCUCUCUGUAAUUGCAUAUUAUAUUCUUGGCUAUAGAUCAUCUAUACCGCCGUCCACUCCUUAUACAUCUUCACUUCUUCAUCACCUUCAUCCCACCACCACAGACACAAACACAGAUACAGAAUCAAAAAUGCCCCGCCUCACCCUCUCCUUCCUCCUCAUCUGCCUCGUCCUCGCCAUCAUGGCCACCGCCAUGCCCAUCAAACGAGCUUCCCCAGAUAGUGCCACGGAAAUGGACUCAACUUUGGCAGAGGAAAUUGCUGCGAAGUCUCUUCAGUCCGCCGCAAAAAUGAUGGACGAAAUGGCCGGGAAGGCUGUUGAAUCGAGCAAGGAGGAUGAUUCCACCUCCACACCCUCCACUUCCACGCCUUCUACAUCUACCCCGCAAACCAAGCCCCAAACCGAAACCGAAACAGAAACAGAAAACAAGCAACAACCCAAGACCGAUGCAGACACCUCUGCAGAGGAGAAAAAAGAAUCAACCCCCACGACCCCCACCGCAACCGAAUCCUCCGCCGCUAGCUCCCCCAAACCUCAGGCGUCCACGCACAUCGUGAAUGAUAACCCGUUUGCCAAUUUGCCUAUUGUCGGGGGGUUGUUGAGUGGGGGUGGGGACUCGUCGUUGGGGGCGGGGCUUUUGGGUUAGUUUGAUUCUGUCGAGUGAUUGAUUGAUUGGGAGGUGAGUGGGAAGGGGGAUGAUGGAUGGGAUGGGAUUAUGUUAUGGUGUUAUGUGGGAUGAAAAUUUAGCUUUGAUUGAUGUUUUGAUUAGAUUGUUGGUUGAUUGGUGAGAUGGAGUUGACUGUGUCAAUUCCAGUUUAUCUACGUUG